AAAUUCUUCUAAACCGUUCGGUUAGAUAAAAUCCUUCAAAAGCGAGUGUCGUAGCUGUUACUGAGAGAAGGAUGGCGUCACCGAGUCAUGCCCCUCCUGAUCACGGCGCCGACUCGGUCGAAACUCGUUCUCCGGAGCUCAGAAAGGAUCCGGUGACUAACCGCUGGGUCAUAUUCUCUCCCGCUCGAGCCAAGAGACCUACUGAUUUCAAAUCGAAAUCUCCAGAGAACCCUAAUCCCAAACCUUCCUCCUGCCCCUUCUGCAUCGGCCGCGAGCACGAGUGCGCUCCGGAGAUAUUCCGCGUGCCGCCGGAUGAUGACCCGAAUUGGAAAAUCCGGGUCAUCGAGAAUCUGUACCCGGCUCUAAGCAGGAAUCUCGAGACCCAAUCGAAUCAUCAAUCCGCUACAGCUACUAGUCGGACUAUAGUCGGGUUCGGAUUCCACGACGUGGUGAUCGAAGCUCCUCUUCACUCGAUUCAGCUUUCCGAUAUCGAUCCGGUGGGUAUCGGCGAUGUUCUGAUCGCGUAUAGGAAGAGGAUCGAGCAAAUCGCGAAACACUAUUCCAUCAAUUACAUUCAGGUGUUCAAGAACCAUGGUGCGUCGGCUGGAGCAUCGAUGAGUCACUCACACAGUCAGAUAAUGGCUCUCCCUGUUGUUCCUCCAACUGUUUCUUCACGGCUUGAUGGUACUAAAGAUUACUUCGAGGAGACUGGGAAGUGUUGUCUCUGUGAAGCUAAAUCAAAACACUUUGUGAUAGACGAGUCGUCUCAUUUUGUUUCCGUGGCUCCUUAUGCGUCUACGUAUCCCUUUGAGGUUUGGAUUGUUCCAAAGGAUCACUCUUCCCACUUCCAUCAUCUCGAUGACGUCAAGGCUGUUGAUCUUGGAGGACUUCUGAAACUCAUGCUUCAGAAGAUAGCAAAGCAACUUAACGGCCCUCCUUAUAAUUAUAUGAUCCACACUUCUCCCCUCAAGGUGACGGAGUCACAAUUACCUUACACGCACUGGUUCUUGCAGAUCGUACCUCAGCUUUCUGGGGUUGGUGGGUUUGAGAUGGGCUCGGGGUGUUAUAUAAACCCUGUUUUCCCGGAGGAUGUAGCCAAGGUUUUGCGGGAAGUUAGCCUUACUUGAAUCCGGUUUUGGUUCUCCUAACCUGAGGUUCUGAGGGGAGUCAUUGGUGUGGGGAUUUUUGCUUCUUUAAGAAAAAGCGGGUCAUCUUCUUUAUUUCCUCUGUUGAAUAAGAAGAUGUUUGAGAUUUGAUUCAAAUAACAUUGAUGUAAACAAUACGUAUUAGUUCUUCUGUAAUAAGCGGCGUUCCUUUAAAUUAA